GACAACACAGACUUCUUGGAAGACAUGGCCUCAGCCAGCAGCUUCCCAUGUGAAGAGCAGCUCCUGUGUUCAAUCUGUCUUGAUGCGUUCACUGAGCCUGUCUCUACUCCAUGUGGACACAACUACUGCAAGUCUUGCAUCACAGGGUACUGGGCCAGCAGUGGUCUGACACAGUGUCCCCUUUGUAUGAAGAAGUUCCGCAGGAGACCACACCUUCAUGUCAACACAGAGUUCAGAGAUAUGGUGGAGCAUUUCAACAACAUGAGGGUGAGGGGGGAAGAUGACAUGCCAGCCAAACCAGGGGAGGUGCCCUGUGACAUCUGCCUUGAGCCGAAGCUCAAGGCCCAGAAGACAUGCCUGGUGUGUUUGGCCUCGUACUGCCAGACUCACCUGGAGCCUCAUCAGAGAGUCACAACCCUUAAGAAGCAUCAGCUGAUUGACCCAGUGUCCAACCUGGAGAACAGGGUGUGUCAGAAGCACGACAAGAUGUUUGAGCUCUUCUGUCCCGUAGACCAGUUAUGUGUUUGCUUUCUGUGCUUGAAAGACGGCCAUGCAAUGCAUCAAGCCGUCCCAUUAGAGCAUGCGUUCAGAGAGAGAAAAGUUCAGCUGGACAAUGUGACAUCAGUGAUCAAAAUGAUUGAAAACACUAAAUCCAGGAGUAUAAAGGAAAUCAAACACUCAGUUGACCAGAACAAGAAAGAGUCAGAGAAAGAGAUAGCAGACAUUGCUGAGGUUUUCAUUGCUCUGCUGGUCUCUCUGCAAAGAAGCCAGACUGAGCUGAUUGAGAUGAUCCAGGAGAAACAGAAAGCAGCACAGAAGCAGGCUGAAGACUGUGUGACACAGCUGGAGCAAGAAGUUUCUGAGUUGAGGAGGAGAAGAUCUGAAAUGGAGCAACUUCUACAAACAGAGGACCACCUCAGCCUCCUGCAGAGCUGUCCAUCUAUCUCCUUCCCUUUACACACUGAGGACCUAUUCGACCCUCUGUCCCUCUCCACCCCUCCAUUUACACCAGACCUCCCUGAUGUCAGUCAGCAGAGUUAUGUGGGGAUGGUGAAAAAAGCUGUGGCUCAUUUGGAAAAGACACUUAGUAAUGAGAUGGAGAUGCUUAUUCAUGAAGUCAGGUUAGGUGAUGGCUGUGACGCCGCUGAACAGCCUGUUGCAGCUGAAAAACAGAUGCCAGAUGGGUUUGUUAAAGAGAUGUGGAAUCCCCCUCAGGACAAGCUGAUGAUGAUCCAGCAGUACUACACAGUGGAUGUGACGCUGGAUGCCGACACAGCAAAUUCCACACUCAGGGUGUCUGACGAUGGAAAACGACUGAGAUUUGGUGGAGGCUCACCAUCUUCUAUUUUGUUCGGAAGAAGAUUUGAACAUCAACCCUUUAUUCUUGGGAAAGAGGGUUUUUCCUCGGGCAGGUUCUACUAUGAAGUUCAGGUCAGUGGGAGAGAAGGUUGGGUAUUGGGAGUGGUCAAAGAGCCCUUUAACAGGGACAUGUUUUUCUUUCCCACCCCUGAGGAUGGGGGCUGGACACUUCGUGGAAUCUACAAACAAGAGGAGGACUAUUUAGCAUGUACUUAUGGCUCUGCUACCCUGUUUGUUAGGCAAAGGCAUCAGACAAUUGGUGUGUUUGUUGAUUAUGAGAAGGGAGAGGUCUCCUUCUAUGAUGUGGACGCCAGGACUCUGAUCUACUCCUACUCAGGAUAUACCUUCAUCGAUACCCCUCCAGUGUUCAAAACUUUUCUCUAUUCUAUGGCUGGCACAUCUUUAAGUAGCAGAUCAAAGCUUUACCCUAUUUUUGGUAUAUUGGAAAAUGAUUUAGACUGCAAGCUCGUAAUCACUUCAGCCCGCACAACUUACAAUUACUACAGAGGCUUACACUAGUGGAAAUGAACGUGUAACUUCAGACUCCAGAGGCCUAUUAACAAAUUAGAGACACUAGUAUUAGUUGUAGUGUCACUUGUCAUUAUUAAAGUCACUACUCAAUGUAUUACAUAUGCUUUGAUUUAAUUAACUUUUUGUUUUUUCAGCUAUUUGGCGAAAAUAAGUCAGAGAUUUGAACUGAAAAAAGUAGUUAAGAGCACUUACCUGACAGUUGUAUUUAAAAGGUAGAUCAGUCAUAUACUAUAUUUACAUGCAUGUUGCAUUGCCUGUAUCUAAACAGGAGAUGGCACCAUUGUGUAACCAGUGUCCUGGUCUGUUUCUCAGAGACUAGGAGUAACCAAAAAGGAGUGGACAAUGGCAUCACAGGAGCCCAAUUUCCUCUUUUGUACUUUCAGAAAUACUUUUAGGUUUAUGAUUUAUCAAUCAAGUCAAUCUACAAUGCUAAAAUAUCUGGUUGCAGCCUCUCAAAUGGGAAUAUUUGGCUAAUUUCUCAGACUUUUAUGAUAGUAAACUAAAUAUAUUUUGGCUUUGAACUGUUGCUUGGACAAAACAAGCUAUUUAAAUAUGUUAAUUAUGGCUUUUCAUAAAUAGAAUUGAUAAGGAAAAUUGUUAUUCGUCGAAUCCCUAAUUGGUUUAACUUUGGGGCUUACAUAGCCUGUGGGGGUGCAUCAAACUUUUGGUUGACACUAGUGAACGCCUACUUUUUCUUUCUUCUUUUUUCAAGAUGAUUUUUUUUGGGGGGGCUUUUUUGACUUUAAUAUUCACAAUUCCAAUUGUGAGCAUAUAGGUGUAUUUAUAUGUAUUGAGCAUGUUUACUUCGGGGUCCACAUUCCACUCAAUGCACUUUUAAAUGCAAGCUUUUUUUUUAAGGCCAAAAAAUCUGGCAUGCUUGGCCAGAACAUAUUGGAUAAAUGACCUUCAAAACCAGGUAUUUGAUAUGUGUGUACUAUGUAUCUGAUAUGCAUUAUACUGCUUAAUAAAAUUGCAU